UUUGUUUAUAAGAUUAUCAAAAUGUUAUCUCAAAAUUCAAAACCUAUAUUAUAUAAAAAUACUGAAAUUUCAGUAGAUGAGAAAUAUAGACCUUGGCUUCCAACUCCAUUACCAUUGUUCAAUUUAACUGGAAAUAUUGUUGAUAAUUUUCCUUUACCUUAUUGCUGGCAUUGGGAUACUAAUGAUGUUAUUAAUUGGCUGCAAAAAACAAUUUGUUUACCUCAAUACACGGAAUGUUUCACUAAAAAUUUUAUCAAUGGAAGACAGUUAUUGCUAAUUGAUGCCUCCAAAUGUGUAAAAAUUGGAAUCCAGAACUUUGCGCACAUAAAAGUUGAUACAUUCUUAUUAUUUAUAUUUGUUCACUUUAUUUAUAACCAGGGUGACCUGUAAUUAGCGAUGCAUGCAAUGAGAUGGUGAUUCUGCCUAAAAGACAAAAUAAAAAAUGUAGAAUAAAAUUUGUUCAUACAGAGUUCUCAAUGGUUUUGAGAAAAGUACAUUUCCAAAUUUGUCGAGUUCGUGUACAUUUUGUAAUAAAUUUUAUUCGACAUUUUAGACUUAUUGUUAGUUUCUCAUUUAGAAUCAUCUCCUGCUCGCUUGUAUCACUAAAUACAGGACACCCAAUAUAUAAAUGCUUCUUAAAAAUGGACAUAUCUAUCUCUACAGCUUAUUACGAAUGGAAUUAGAAAAUUAUAUAAUAUUGAACAAGAAACAUUUAAUAGGAGUAUUAGCCUUCCUCCGCGUUAUCCAUGGACACAUUAUUUGCUAUAUAAAAGUCCCACUGGGCCAAUUCGUGAAAAGACAAAAUCUACAGAACUUUUUCAAAAAAUGGGAAUACUUCAUUUUAAAAUUGGUUGUCCCAUAGAUCAUUGGAGAAUGAUGUUAUGUAAAUGGCCAGAUUUUUCUGAUUAUUUGUUUGGUCUCACUAAUCGUAAGAAUGUAUAUAUUAAAAAAGAGCAAGUAAGACAACCACGAGGUUUCUCCUAUUACAAAAAUGUACAACAUUAUCCAAGUUAUUUUAUAAAACAAAGUAUAAAUAAAUAGAAUAGACACUUUUAGUAUUAAUCAUUGUAAUGUAAAAUUAUUUUUGGAGUAAUACAUUUUUUACAAAGCA